AUGGCGGCUGCAGCACGGCUUUUUCUUCGAAGUGUACACUCGAAACUUUCUGUGUCUGGCGUAUCCACCGUACCGCAGAACACUUUUGGACCUACGUUGCUAAAACUGUCAUCGAGCUGCAACCCCCACGGGAAAACGCAACGUAGACAUGCAGCACAUUUUACCUUCCAGCCUGACCUCGUCCCAACACAGUAUGGACCAACCGAGAAGAUGAAUUUGUUUCAGUCAAUUACAAGUGCCUUGGACAACACUCUUUCCAGUGACCCCACAGCAGUUAUCUUUGGGGAAGAUGUGGCCUUUGGAGGUGUAUUUCGAUGUACAGUGGGUCUAAGAGACAAAUAUGGGAAGGAUCGUGUCUUCAACACUCCACUUUGUGAGCAGGGGAUUGUGGGAUUUGGUAUUGGUGUAGCGGUUGCGGGAGCCACAGCUAUCGCUGAGAUCCAGUUUGCAGACUACAUCUUUCCUGCCUUUGACCAGAUUGUCAAUGAAGCUGCCAAGUACCGCUACCGCUCUGGCAACUUGUUUGAUUGUGGAAACCUCACGAUUCGUGCUCCCUGGGGAUGUGUUGGCCAUGGAUCCCUUUACCACUCCCAAAGCCCCGAGGCCUUCUUUGCCCAUUGCCCUGGCAUCAAGGUUGUAGUACCUCGUAGCCCUGUGCAGGCUAAGGGGCUGCUUCUCUCCUGCAUCGCUGAUAACAACCCCUGCAUUUUCUUUGAACCCAAGAUCCUUUACAGAGCAGCGGUGGAGCAGGUUCCCACAGAACCUUAUACCAUUCCACUAUCACAGGCUGAGGUUGUUGAGGAGGGAAGUGAUGUCACUUUGAUUGCCUGGGGGACACAGGUACACGUGAUAAAGGAAGUGGCCCAAAUGGCACAGGAAAAACUGGGUGUGUCCUGUGAGGUCAUUGACCUUCGCACUAUCCUGCCGUGGGAUGUUGAAACUGUUUGCAAGUCGGUGGUGAAAACUGGACGUUUGCUCAUAAGUCACGAGGCCCCUAUUACUGGAGGGUUUGCUGCUGAAAUCAGCUCUACAGUACAGGAGGAGUGUUUUCUUAAUUUGGAGGCUCCCAUUAGUAGAGUGUGUGGUUAUGACACCCCAUUUCCACAUAUUUUUGAGCCAUUCUACAUCCCAGAUAAGUGGAAGUGCUUUGAGGGAAUCAGGAAGAUGAUCAACUAUUAG